AUGGAAAAUCUAACAUCAGUAAAGCCACUCAUGAUUGUUCAUGGAGGUGCUUGGUCCAUUCCUAAAGAUUUGGAACAAGAUCACAUUGAUGGUACGAGGAGUGCCAUUGCUAAUGUUUAUCCAGCACUUUUGAAGGGUGAAAUUGAUGCUGAGGAAGCUGCUGUGAGAGCUAUUAAAAUUUUGGAAAAUGAUGAAACAUUUGAUGCCGGGAAGGGAUCUUUUUUGAAUUUGAAAGGACAAGUGGAAAUGGAUGCAAGUAUCAUGAAUGGAACUAGUUUGAAAUCUGGAGCUGUUUGUGGAAUUCAAGGAGUGAGGAAUCCAAUUUGUGUUGCCAGAAUGGUCAUGAAUAGAACUGAACAUAAUUUGUUGGUUGGAGAGAAUGCAUUGGAAUUUGCCAAAUCAAAUUUGAAAACAGAUGAAGAAAGGAAGGAAUUACUAAUUGAAAGUGUGGAAGAAUUAUUGACAAAGAGAGAAUUGGAAUUUUUGGAUAGAAUUAGGAAUAAUGAGGAAUUUACGAGUAGAACUGUUUUUGAAGCUAAGGAUACUCAACCACCACCUUCAAAGAGAGGAACUGUUGGAGUAGUUGUGUUAGAUAGAAAUGGAAAUAUUUGUGCAGCCACAUCAACUGGUGGAACUCCUAAAAAAGUUCCUGGAAGAAGUGGAGAUACUGGUCUCAUUGGAUCAGGCACAUUUGCUGAUUCUUCUGUUGCAGGAGCUUCCUCGACUGGUUGGGGAGAAAGUAUAAUGACCAUUCAAAUGACAGGAACGUUGAUUAGAUGGCUCGAGUUUAAUAACGUUCCUCAAAGAAAGGAAAAUACCACAGCAACAGUCUACACUCACCAAUCAUUCCAGGAAAAACAAGAACCACUCGAACAAGUUAAUUUAGCAACUCAAAGAGUUAUUGAAUAUUUACAAGAAAAAGUGAAUGGACUUGGUGGAUUGAUUGUCUUAUCCAAAGAUGGAAAAUAUGCAGUUUCACAUAAUACAGACAAGAUGAGUUUUGCCUACGUUCCUGCAGAUUCGGUCGAUUUGGUAAAUAACACUUUCGAAGUGGUUUCACUCGUCUCUGAAAAGAAGAUUUAACACCUUUUGUGCCACAAAUACAAUAUUGUAAUAAAUCCGUUGUGGCAGUUGGAGAUUUACUUUU